AUGGGGGACGGCGGUGUGGGAGAACCAGGACCCAUGCUGCGACUCGUUCCUGGCGCUCUCCGAGGAGAUGAGGCGGGUCUUCGAUCGGGCCGUCGCAGGACGGGAGGCGGCCAGGAGGCUGGCGGAGUUACGCCAGAGGGAGAGAGGGAGAUCUACGCCCUGGAUCUGCCCCCCUCUCUUAAUGGACUCAUUGAUCUAGCGUUACGGGUGGAUGCCCGCCUCACUCGGAUGGAGAGGAGGGGGCUGUUCAACACCCCAUCCAGGGGCCCGGCGGACGGGCGAUUCAGUGGCGGAGACGUGGUCAGCCCCACCUACGAUCACGAGCCCAUGCAGCUCAUCAGCGCAGAUGCAGAUUGUGUCACAUUACUCUUUACAUCAACACAGAGAAUCCCAUUCAGCGGUCAAAUCCAGGGAGGCCUGCAGAAUGGGAAGAGCAUCAUCUUGAGCGGACGGGUUUUACCAGGGGCUAACAGAUUUCAUGUGAACUUUCAAUGUGGUUCUCAUUCCGGGGCUAAUAUUGCUCUGUACUUUAACCCACGCUAUGAGAGCACUGGGUAUGUAGUGCUCAACAGCUUCCAGAACAUGAACUGGGGCUCAGAGGAGCGCAAACAUGAAUCUCCCUUUCCCCAAGGCCAAACAUUCACCCUCCAGAUCCUCGUUGAGCAGGACGAAUACAAGAUAUCUACUAAUGGGAGACACUUCAUGGACUAUAGACACCGCGUUCCAUACUCUAAUGUGGACAUCAUCUCGGUGGAUGGAAUGGUGGAGUUGAACUCUAUUGUCUUCCAGAAUCCUGCGGCUUAUACAGCACCUCAAGCAGCAUUUCAGCCCCAGUAUGCUGCACCUCCAGGAUGUGGGUUCCCGGCAUACCCAGCUGCACCUAACUAUACUAUCCCGUACAAAACCGUCAUCAACGGUGGACUUCACCAUGGCAAAAACAUUGUCAUCCAUGGAGUUAUCAAUCCCAAUGCUAACAGGUCAGACAUCAGAUGA